UCGGAGCAGCUGUCAGAAGCUAGCCGCGCUGCUGUUUACCGGCUAACCCGCACCGGGAGGGGACAAAAGACAAACGAUGGCAGGUGUGCAUCCUCAGGACGACCUGCUGAAAAUGACACACAGAGAAAACUGGAAGGUGCAGCACGAGCGUCUGCACGUGAAGCACCGCGGCCACGAGGCCAUGCACGCAGAGAUGGUGCUGAUCCUCAUCGCCACGCUGGUGGUGGCUCAGAUCGUGCUGGUGCAGUGGAAGCAGCGACACCACCGCUCCUACAACCUGGUGACGCUGGUCCAGAUGUGGGUGGUUCCUCUUUACUUCACCAUCAAACUGUACUGGUGGCGGUUCCUGUCCAUGUGGGGCAUGUUCUCCGUCGUCACCAGCUACGUCAUCUUCAGAGCCACUCGCAAGCCGCUGUCCUGCAGGACGCCCAGGAUGGUGUACAAGUGGUUCCUGCUGAUCUACAAGCUGAGCUACGCGGUGGGCGUGCUCGGAUACCUCGCCAUCAUGUUCACCAUGUUCGGCUUCAACGUCUUCUUCAGGAUCAAGGCCGAGGACUCCAUGGACGUGGGUGUGAUCAUGCUGUUUUACGGGCUUUACUACGGCGUCAUGGGCCGAGACUUUGCCGAAAUCUGCUCGGACUACAUGGCCUCUACCAUCGGGUACUACAAUAAAGGAGGGAUGCCCAGCCGGAGUCUGACCAACGACAUCUGCGCGGUGUGCGGUCAGAGGAUCCUGGUGGACGUGGAGGAAGAAGGAUUCAUAGAGGACACGUACCAGCUCUCCUGUGGACACAUAUUCCACGAGUUCUGCAUCCGUGGCUGGUGCAUCGUGGGUAAGAAGCAGACGUGUCCGUACUGCAACGAGAAGGUCGACCUGAAGAGGAUGAUGAACAACCCCUGGGAGAAGACACAUGUCCUGUACGGGCAGCUGCUUGAUUGGCUCAGAUAUCUCGUUGCCUGGCAACCCAUCAUCAUCGGUAUCGUCCACGGGAUAAAUUUCUCCCUGGGCCUCGAAUAGAGCCCUGAGGAACGCCACUGUUAGUACGUCCUGGAGUCAUGAAAAGUGCUAAAGUCGGUGCUGCAAGGACCUGAUUCAGGCCGCUUGAGAAGUCUUUCGUUUCCUCGGUACGUGUUGUCUGACUGAACGUUUGCACGGUUUCCAGCAGACUGAUCCCAGCUGGUCGGUGUCUGCGUGCAGAGGACACUGACGCCAAAAAACUGCUGCCGACUUGGACAAAAGUAUGUAAGCACAGAUCCAGUAUUUGAUCAUUUCAGAGCGUUUUGAGGAUGUCGAGAUGUGGAGUUAUGGACACGUCGCUGUCAUGCAUGUUAUUUUUAAUGUGAUAAAUGUUUGUUUUUCUUUGUACUGUAUCAUCAAAAUGCCUUUUAAAGAGUUUUACAGUUUGUUUGCACUCUGCUGACACCGCUAACAAACACGACUGUGAUCUGCAGUUAAAAUCACAACACGGACGCGUCUGUCCAGAACGUCGUGGUGCACAAUACUUGUUUACAUUUCGUGCAACUUUAUUGCUAAAGUUUUAUUUCGAAUGUCUGUACUGUUAAAAUUAGUAUGAAGCUGAGAUUGGUGAUAAGUUGUUGUAGCAGCUGGAGUCAGAAUGUCACUAUAGACCGAAUCACCGAGACGUCUCGCUAACAGUCACUUCCAGGUGGACGACUGGCAGUUUAUUUUGAUUGCAGAGAUUUUUAAAAUCUGCACACUUGGUUAUUUAUGUCGCCAUUUUCACCCGUAACUGUAACAUUUUAAGAUUUUUAGUUAAACACAGCCUUAUGUUAUGUUUUGUGUUGCUUUGCCAAAAAAAACAAGAAAGGUUAAAUGUAUUUUAAUCACCUAAAUUUAGAGUAUUUUUACACACUAACCAAUGAGGCAACUGGUAACUCCUGUGUUCUGCGAAAUAAAACAUUUUUUUUUAUUCAGUGAAAAUCGUAGCUUAGCAGCUUCCGUUGGAUAGGGAGGUGUGAUGACGAGGUACAGCUGCCGAAAUACCUAAAAUAUAGUGUUAACUCAAAAGAAUACUUCACCUGCAAAAUGACUAUUUUUAUAUCACAUUUGUAUUUGUGUAGUACUGCAGAUUACCUGGAAUUUGUGAAAGGUUGGUGUUUUUGUUGCAUGUCUCGCAGUUGUAUGAUUGACUUUAAUCAUGAUAAACCAGAGUUCCUGCAGAUCCUUAAAUAUUCUUAAAUGGCAUUAAAUCCAUGUAUUUAUAAAUAAGGCCUUAAUUGGCAUUGAAAUUAAUUAAAUCAGUUUUUCAUAAAAAUUUGCAAGGAGGAUGUUAUUAGUUUCUGACAUUGCAAUAAUGAAAUCUUGAAAUAAUCGGUAACAUCUAUUUUGUAAAUCACUUAAUUUCUGCAAGCGAUGAGGAUAGAAGAAUCAACGACACUGACACAUUUACAACUUCUUAUCAAAUAAAAAAUGCUUUUUUUCCAAGGAACAGAUAGUUUAUAACAACAUAAUUUCAUGUUUUCCACUCUAGAAAUGUUUUAAAAUAAAUGUUUUAAAAAUGUGGGCAAAAAUGUCCCAACUCUAAUAAAUUCAUGUCGGUCCGCA